CCCUCAGGUGUUCAUUUUACUGACAGAAGAAAUCGAAGAAAAAAUGUCCUCUCUCAUCAUUAAUGUCUGUAUGGAUUUUGGACACCUUUGCUUAAACCACGCCCUCCCACAUAUGUGCGAACCUCCUCUCAUCUUCCUAGAAUUUGUAUCCCGUGAAUCAAUUGUUGUUCAUCAUUCUCCCGUGCUCUUUACUGGUAUAAAGGUUUUGCCAAACUGGACUAGACUGGAUUUACUCUGUGAUCAGAUUGCCUACAUCCAAAGCCAUCCAAACAAGAUUCCCAGUCACGAGCUUCACCCAGGCAAGACGAUGACAAAACAAAGGGUGCUCAUUUUCCUAUUCUGCGUCAUCAGUGUCUGUGUGUUUUUGGGUGAACAUGUGCCAGAGAGGCUUUGGGAAGACUUCCUCCAGCAUCAGGACACAAGUCGCUGUGCUUGUGAGAAAUGUUUAUCAGAUGAAGAUCAGUGGUUUACGCAGCGUUUGAAUAAAUCAGUUGAACCAUUUUUGUCAUCAAAAUACAAACUCUCAGAGGAUUCUUUCAGGUGGUGGACGGGUUUACAGGCCGAAAAACGCAACUUCGAUUCCUACAGUACAACAGUGAACACCCUGUUUAAAAUGUUCCCACCCAGUCCAUCUCUCAUAGAGCCAAGCCCUGGUCAUUGUAGAACUUGUGCUGUGGUGGGAAAUUCUGGUAAUUUGCUGGGAUCACAUUAUGGACCUCUGAUAGAUUUCAAUGAUGUCAUCAUAAGAAUGAACAAUGGCCCUACCAAAGGUUAUGAAGCAGAUGUUGGGAAAAGAACAACUCAUCAUAUUGUAUAUCCAGAGAGUGCCUCGGACUUAGAUAACACCACUCAUCUUGUGUUGGUUCCAUUCAAGAUACAGGACCUUGAAUGGCUCAUUAAAGCCCUCACUACAGGAUUUUUUGGAACGUCAUACAUGCCAGUAAAAUCAAAGAUCAAAGCUAACAAGGAUCUGGUGAUGGUGGUCAAUCCAGCGUUCAUGAGAUAUGUUCAUGACACAUGGCUGGAGAAAAAGGGCAGGUAUCCAUCCACUGGCUUUAUGACUUUGGUUAUUGCCCUGCAUAUUUGUGAUGAGGUCCAUGUGUUUGGUUAUGGAGCAGACAAAGAUGGAAACUGGAGUCAUUACUGGGAAAAACUACAAGACCGAAAGUUAAAAACAGGAGUACAUCCUGGAGGUCAUGAGUAUUCAAUUAUCCAGCAGCUAGCUGAGCAACAAAAACUCAAGUUUUAUACUGGAUGGUGAUCAUUCUGUCAACAUUAAAAGUAUUUAAGCCAUGAUAGAACAUCCUUUACAAAACAAAACAAGACUAGUAAGAAUGGGCCUUAUGCAACAACUCUGGUCUGACUCACUGUCUAACCCUGGACUAACCAUUAUUAAACUAAAACUGAGUGGAAAAUUAUCCAUGAUAUAAAACCACACAUUUAAGGAAUCUGACUGAUCCUGCUGGGGAUGUUUUUUAGGCUACUCAAAUAUUUCAAUGGGCUUAUGGAAUGAAAAUUUAUCACAUACAAGGAAAUGUUGGACAACAGCUUUUCUAUGCUGCUCUGUACUUGUUUGCUUGUACUCAGUUUUUCAUUUUUUAUUGUUCACUUUUGUGUUGUUGACGGACACUGUUGCAAUGCAAUACAGAACAUAAAUGAAUGAGUUACUCAGGGCUGAGAAAAACAUACACAUUUGUAUGUGCACACACAUAACUAAAUCCUCUGACAGUCAUAUGCCACCUUUGAAGGAGUGUUAUUUAUGUGUUACUGACAGUCAUACUAUGAAAUAUCAACGUUAUGUAUAUUUAUUUAUAAAUAGGCAAUAAUCCAUUAACUGAAGAAGACUGGCAUUUACAAUGGAUUCAAAUCCGUAUCAUCAUGUUAUUUUCCUCUUGAAUGUACCAUUAAAACAGUUUUUUUUACAAGGAAGAUAAAAGGUGAGGUAAUGGUAAAUUGUAAAUUACUGAAUGUAUUUAACUAAUGUGAAAGGGUAUCCGGGGCAGUCUUCUCUUAACAAGAGCAAAAACAACGAAUCUACCUAAACCUUUUGGUUUUGUCUUUCUUUCUUGCUGUAUUUUUCUAAAAUUUUACAUUUUUAAUGCAAAGCACACUGAAUUUAUCUGUAACGAAUAUGGUAUAUUAAUAAAACUGCUUUAAUCUUGCCAUGGUAAAAGUUUCAAAUACUAA